ACUAAAAUAUAUUUCGUAAAGCUUAGCGUAGGUUUUCGUUUAAAUUUGGGUUUUUUAAAGCUGAAUCGAAAUUCAUAAUCAACAAAUUCCAAAACAAUUUUACGAAAUGGAGCCGUCCAAAAAAUUGAUUUUGGCAGAAUAUCAAUCUAAACAAAAAGAACUUGGAAAACGCCAGCGUGAAUAUAAGAAAAUUCUUGCAGCAAAAUUGAAAUCUCGUGAAGAUAUAAUUUUGGAAGAAAGUUUCCAAACCACAAACAAUCAAUUACGUUUGGAAAAGGAUGAUCUGCGAGCCAGGAUUUGGGUGGCAAAUGGCACUACACAUAUAAAAGAUAGUAAUCGCUAUCUUGCUGAAAUUCGAGAGCAUGUCUUUUGCCAACAGUUUUUAUUGGAUGAGAUAUCGAAAUUUAAAAUUGAUAUUCAUAAUUUGGAGCAGGAAAUUAUCCGCGGUAAUAAGCAACUGUUUGAGUUAAAUAAAAAGACUGUACCAGAUGCACAGUACCAGAAGCAUGUGCAGAGUGUGCGGGCGAAACUAUCGUACCUACAAGAUCAACUUGAAGUCAGCGUAAGGCGUGAAUGUGAGUUUGCGGCUUUAAAUGCUAAGCUGAAAGAAGAGAUAAUUAAUAUGCUUCAUAAUAGAACCAUAUUUAAUGACUCUUACACUAAAUUGGUGCAGAAGUUGAAUAGUGAUAAGAAAUACAUUAUCGAUCUAAUUGAUUACGCUCUGAACAAGUUUGAUAAUUGCAUCACUCUAUAUGAUAGGAUCGAUACUUUGGUCAAACGGAAUACAAAAGAGAACUCAACUCUGAGAGCUGAUAUGCAUAGUACUAUGCGUAAAAUAGCUGAAGAUGCGCAUAGGUCAGAAUUUAUUGGUAUCAAAAGUAAAUUUCGUCCUUUAGCUGAUCUACAGCCGAAAGAGUAUCGCCGUAGAGAAGAGUUUCAUAAACAACAUACUAAAAAAAUUUUGUUAUACACAAAAAUUAUGGAUAGAAUACAGAACUACACUCAAACGCACAGUGUAGAAGCUAUCAUACAGAAAUUCAAUAAGCAAGAGAGUCUGUAUUAUUCAUAUUUCCAUUAUGCCAACGAAAUGGCUUAUCACAUGACUAUUCUCAACAACUCGGUAAAUCGUCUUUAUAGCAGCAUUACCAAAAUCAAGUGGGACAACAACCAAAAAUUGACUUCGCAGCGAGAAGUGAUAAGGGAACUGGAACGGCAAAUUAAGGAUCAGAGAAAAAAGAAUGACGAUCUUACGCAAGUUCGUGAAGAGUUCGAUGCUCGAAUUAUGAGUUUACUACGGGGUAUUGAAUGGAUAUUCAAAUAUUGUAAUUGCAAUCCUGAGAAAUUAUUGGAAUUGCUAGGUGAGCACAAACAUGUCAAUAUGAUUAAUGUGCACCGCUUCUUUAAGAUGAUUGAGAAACGUGUUUACGAUAUAACGGCUUAUGUUUAUGUGACGGAGCGACAGAACGAUCCUUUUGAAAUCAAUGAGUACACUGUUAGCACUAUUGCCAAAGCCUGUGACUAUCCUACUGAAAUUGAUAAUAUUGUAUUGGCGCAACAAUGUCCCGAGUGUGCUGAAAGCGAAGCUGUUAAUGUUGAAGAGGUGGGUGAGCAUGGCGUUACAGUACAUUCUAUUGAAGAAACUAAAAAGAAAAUAUCUGAUGUCAUUUAUCAACCAGAAAUACAAUAUCGCUUACAUAGUAUUAGUCAAUGCCGUUUGCCAAGAUCGCGUUUGUUGGCUUCAAAAAGAGAUCCGAAAUGAUGCAAGUCUAAUAUAAAUUAAAAGUUACUAAUAGGCAUAAAAAAAGUAUA